AUGAUACAGACGGGAGACCCGACAGCAACAGGGAAAGGUGGUGAAUCAGUAUAUGGGAUUAUUCAUGGUCCACAUAAACGAUAUUUUCCCGCGGAAAUACACCCGAAACUGAAGCACAAAAAUGUCGGCACAGUUUCAAUGGCUGUUGCGAGUGAUGGGGUUGAAGGUGGUGGUGUUAGUGGGUCUCAGUUCUUUAUCACGACCGGCGAGAAUCUAGAUUAUCUUGAUGGCAAGUAUACCGUGUUCGGAGAAGUGGCUGAAGGAUUUGAUGUACUUGACACAAUAAAUAGUGCCUAUUGUGAUGAAACGGGCAGGCCUUAUAAAGACAUUCGGAUCAAACAUACUUCAGUGCUUGAUGAUCCAUUUCCUGAUCCUGAAGGAUUAGAGAUCCCUGACAAAUCUCCGUUACCCACUAAAGAAAUGCUCGAAACCAUACGUAUCGCAGAAGAUGAAAGCAUCGAGCCAGAACUUCCACCCGAAGAGCUGGAGAAAGAGCAACGAAGAAAAGAGGCAGCUGCUCAAGCGUUGACUUUGGAAAUGAUUGGGGACAUUCCAUUUGCUGAGGUGAAACCUCCGGAAAAUGUGCUCUUUGUAUGUAAACUUAACCCGGUGACACAGGACGAGGAUUUAGAAUUGAUCUUUUCACGAUUUGGAACUAUUAAUACUUGUGAAAUUAUUCGUGAUAAGAAAACUGGUGAUUCCUUGUGUUAUGCUUUUAUCGAAUUUGACAAUCAGGAGGAUUGUGAGACGGCUUAUUUUAAAAUGAACAAUGUUUUAAUUGAUGAUCGACGAAUUAAAGUGGAUUUCUCGCAGUCUGUUGCGAAAAUCCAUAGUGAUUGGCUGCUAUCGAGAAAUCAAAAAAUGGGUGCAGGUGGUGGUUAUGGUGGCUCUGAAACUUUAGAACAGCGUACAAAGUAUCGUGCUGGCGAUACUGCACCCAAAAAUCAUUACAAAAUGGUUUUUGACGAGGAUGAAAGGAAGCAUCAGUCAAAUAGUUGGAGAACAAGACAAAGGUCUCAAGAGUAUUCAGAUAAAGGAUCAUCAUAUCCUCGGAGACGAUCUAGUUCAUUGAGUCCUCGUCGGAAACCUGAUAAAAGUAAUUAUGAUCGUUCUCGAGAUUAUGACAGACGUGGAUAUUCUGAUAGAUAUAGACGCUAA